CAUGAAGCUUCAGAUAAUAAUGAUAAUAAUUUUUCUUAUAGUUUCUAUUUUUGUUGAACAGAAUAACUCCGAAGAUCCUGUAAUCAAACUACCUAAUGGACUAAUAGUUGGUCGACAAGAUGUCACAGCUGAAGACACUGCAUACUACGCAUUUGAAAAAGUUCCAUAUGCGGCUCCUCCAGUUGGAAACCUUCGAUUCAAAGCACCACAACCAGUUGAAGAUUGGGAUGGUACUCUAAAUACAACUUAUCUAGAUGUAUCAUGCUACCAGCUUGGUGAUCAAGUAUUUCUGCCUCCCAUGUUAGAAGAAUCUGAAGACUGCCUUUUUUUGAAUGUGUACACACCAAAGCUUCCCAACAACGAAACUGAAAAUUUGUUGCCCGUGAUGGUCCACAUCUACGGUGGUGGCUUUAUUAUGGGUUCCAGUGUUACUACUCCAGACCUUUUUGUUGAUAAAGAUGUGAUUUUAGUUAGUUUUAACUACAGAGUGGGAAUUUUCGGUUUUCUGUCUACGCAAGACGAAGUUAUACCCGGAAAUAACGGUUUGAAAGAUCAGUUACAAGCCAUAAAAUGGGUUAACCAAAAUAUCCAUCUUUUCGGAGGAGAUCCUAAUAAAGUUACCAUUUUUGGUGGAAGUGCCGGUGCAUCUUCGUGUGCUCAUCACACACUUAACCAAAACUCCUUAGGUUUAUUUCAAGGAGUAAUUUUAUCCAGCGGAACGUUCUUGUGUACUGGUAUGUUUCAAAGGAACUCCAGACAAAUCGCUUUUGGUACUGCAGCUGUCUUAAAUUCGACUUUCGAAACAAACCAAGACUCCCAGGCACUAUUAGAACUUUUUUUGAGUCUUGAUCCUGAAGAAUUGAAUCAGGCGGCAUCUCAAUAUUCUACUUCCAUAACGAAUCCCUGGGAUGGUUUCUUGGAGGUAGGAAGUAUAUUCGCUCCUGUAAUAGAACCUAAAAAUCCAGAUGCGUACAUAACCAGAAAAAUGUUUGGCCUUCUUGAAGCUGGUAGUGUGGUACCGGUACCGAUCUUCAUGGGUUAUAAUUCAGAAGAAAAAAUUGCCAUGGGAAUGGACGAAGAAUCACUCAGAAGUCUUGCAGAGACCCUUGAUGAAAACUUAGACUAUCUGGUACCUGCCGACAUGGAAAUUACAGACAUUGAUAAUCGCACCCAUAUGGGUAGUUUAAUCAGAGAUAUAUACACAGGCGGUGAACCAUUCAGUGAAAAUUUAGGAGACGCCAUACGACUUUCUAGUGACACUUUUCUUACGAGAUCUAUGGGAAAACAUGCUGAACUUUACUCAGAGUUUGCCACGACAUAUUUUUAUCAAUUUUCGUAUGAAGGAAGUUUUGGGAUGCAAUUUCCUCACUACAAUGGCACUGGAAGCGUCGGACAUGGAGCAGAAGUAGAUUAUUUGUUUUGCUCUGGCACUAGUUGCAAUGAUCCCAGUUACCUGGAAGAAGAUCUUCUAGAAAGGCAGAGACUGAUUACGCUCUUUACUAACUUUGCAAAGUAUCAAAAUCCGACCCCAGAGCCUGUGGAUUUACUUCAAAAUGUUACGUGGACUCCGGUGUCGACAACUAACGGCGACUUUUUCUACCUAGACAUUGGCGAAAACUUCAAGGUUAAAAAUCACCCAAAAGGUGAAGCUUAUGCCAAGUGGAUAGAACUAUAUGAUAGUUUAGGUUAUGAUGACUUUGACACUUACUGAACAAUGAUUACAUUUAUGAAACCUGUAAAGUAAAAUAAAGAAAUUACAACAUA